CUCAGACAUGUUUACGAGCAAAGUGCCUGUUUAAUCAUUCAUUGUACAUUCAGUCGGUCGAUGAGUCAAUCGAUCACUCACUGGCCGAGGAGCGCGAGUAUCUCCCUGGCCACCGAGGGCUCGCCCCUCGACCGCACACGAAAUAUGAUGUCUCGACUGCACUCGGUGAUCAGGAAGUCGUCCAUCUCCUCACGGCUUAACCGCGUACGACCCAGGAAGAAUGACACACUCGCCUGCCACAACGCACAUAACACAAAAGCAGACAGGCACGGCACGCAGGCAGGAUCCUUCAGACGAAUAGAUGGGGCCGGCACGUGUGUGUGCUCUGUCGGCUCACGUAUGGCGUCCCUUCAGGUGUGGAAAGUUCAUUGAGGUCGUCUGAGAAUAGGAAGCCGCCUUUCUGGGAGUCGGCGGCCACGAUGGACAAGGGGGAGUCCUUCAGCUCACGACCCCCAAACCUGCAUUCAACGUGCAGACACGCAUGGUGGGAGAAACCAGUCAGAGACACAGAAAGACCUGCCUGUCAUCCAUGGCUGACUGACUGACUGACCAAAGGGGUUCUAGCAUAAAUCUCGAUUGGUCGAAUUCGACGUCGCCCACGAACUCCAAAUCACCCUGCACACAUACGCACACACCAGAGCACCCAGACACACACAUGGACGGACAGACAGACAGUAUUUAGCUGGCCAUCCGGGCUAACCACGAGCAUCCCCGAGCGGCGGCCCAGCAGCACACCGCUAAACUCAUCCGACGACCGAGAGCCAUCCUCUGACGCAGACAGACAGACACCCACAGCACAGCAAGGGAGGGGAGGACAGGAAGCGUCCCUCCCGUCCGUGGCUUGUGGUGCACUCACUGCCCGUCCCUGUCUGUCUGUCUGUCUGUCUGUCUGUCUGUGUGCAAUACAUACGUGGGUAGAGGAGUACGCACGGCAGCAUGUCGUAGGUGACGCUUCGAAGCCCGAACUUCUCCAGCCGCUUGCUGUGACGCUUGCCAAGCCACCGACUGCAGUGCACCAACACACACCCACACAGCCGCACACACACGAUAUGGUCAGCGCAGGCAGCCGUUGGUAUGUGUGCAGUGCAGUGCCGUGUGUACCUUGGGUUUGCGACGACAACGCAUCCGCCGUCUGUCCUGGGUUCGUCAAUGAGGCGGGCCCAGCUGGUGGACGCAUCAGGCGACUCACCGCUCUGACCUGCACACACACACGACGCACACACAGACAGAUACACACCCGCUUGGCACGUGCGCGUUGUGCACUGCAUACUGACUGACCGAUGAACAUGCUGCCCUCUGUGAGCUUCCGCCGGAAGGCCUCGAUCUCUGUGAGCGAAGCCUCAUCUUUUCCAGACUCGCUGCCCUCUGCCUGCACAGACAACAGACGUGCCACACGCACACAGCGAUGCAUCACUCACUGCAUACAGCCGGCCGGGGAUGAGUCAUUGGCAAGUGUGGUUUGCCUACACUGAGCAUCGUGCUCUGUCGGUGUGAUGAUCUGCUGUGCAGACGUCGAGGCCUGGCGUGGCACAGGCGUUGAAGGCGCCUCUCUGCGGCCACCGGCCUCGCCGCACGAUGUGUGAGCAAUGGCUGCAGGAAGGCCGGGCGGCAACUGAAUGGAUCCAUUGAUGGAAGGACGUACCCACCACUCAGGAACGUCAUCAUCAUCAUCGGCUCUUCCUCGAG